AUGCCCCGUCCGCGCCGGCCGCCCGGUGCUGGCCCGGCGCUCACCAUCCUCGCCCUGCUAUUCUUCCCCUCGCUUCUCGUGGCCGCUCAGCAGCAGCAGCCUCUAGAACACCAUGCCCGCAACAAGUCCCCCAGCGCGGGGGCACGCGUGGAGCAUGCCCGCAUCAUACCACCACACCACCACAAGCCCAACCGGGAUGGCAGCGUGUCCGACGCCGAGCGACGUCAGCAGUACACGCCCAUCCUCGCCCAGAAUGAGCGCGCCGUAGCAACCAAAGUCUCAUCUGCUCCAGCCAUCAGUGCUGUCAGAGCCCGUCACGGAGCGGGCGCUGCCUCGGGAGUCCUCGCCCCGAGUGCGCGCUCGCUCAAUGACUGGGAAGUUGAGGACUUUGUUCUCUUGGCGACCGUCGACGGCCACAUACACGCACGCGACAGAUACAACGGAGAGGAGAUUUGGGAGAUCGCCGGAAAGCCCAUGUUGGAGACCAUAUACAAUGUCUCCGAGGGCCGCUCGUGGAUCGUUGAGCCCAGAGAGGAAGGAGCCCUCUACGUGCUCUUGCCUGGACCAUAUCCGGUGCUCCAAAGCCUGGGUCUGACUGUCAAGCAACUGACCGACAUCGCUCCGUACGCGAGUGAUGACCCGGAGCUUCCGGUUGUCUACAACGUUGAGAAGCGGACCUUCAUGCUCAACGUGGACGCAGCCACUGGCCUCGUCAAGCAGAGCUUCAGCCCAAGCGGCACCUUCGGAAAUAGCGACGACAGUUGUGCGUCUCCCGUCAAGAAUGUCUUCAACGAGCGAGACUGCCGCGGAACAUUUGAAAUUGGGCAGACGGAGUACACCAUCAUCAUACACAACAAGAAGACCAAUGAGCAUGUGUGUACCAUCAAGUAUGCCGAAUGGGCUGCCAACAGCCGAGACAUCGACCUCAAGUCCCAGUACACACGAACCAUGGACGAUCAGUACAUCUAUGGCAGGUUCAACGGUGAAGUCUUCUCGUACGAUCACAAGCGGCCGCGACCCGCCCAACGCCCUCUUUUCCACCAGCAUUUGCCAUACCCAGUAGCACGCGUAUUCGACGUCGCCCGACCUGCCAAUGACGACAGCGCACAGGCACCCCUGGUACUCUUGCCGCAGCCUGCAGGACCCAAGGUGGUAGAGGAAAAGGCCAAUCAGGUGUGGCUCAACACUACAGAAUCGGGAGCCUGGUACGCUUUGUCCGAAAUCAGCUACCCAGCCGUCACCGAUGGUGCUCCAACAGCACCUUGCUACAAUGAGAACGAGUUGCUCAGCUGGGACUCUACGCAUUCACUCCCAGCCGACGAGAAGACCUUGGUCGGAGUGCACGUCUUAGACCAUCGUGUGCAUCCUUCUUCGAGGUUUCAAGCAAUUGCUGCUCCUACUCAGUAUCAGAUUGAGAAUGGCCAGGUUGUGUCGAUCCCACCAACAUCGUCGCCCAUGGAGCGACCCACCAUCGAUCCUCCACCUGAGCCGUCGAUGCACGCACAGCCCUAUGCAUUUGGCAACAAGGAGCUGGUGUUUAUUUGCAUCCUCAUGAUCAUGUUCAUUUCUUUCGGUAAAUGGAAAGGACCUGGGAGGCUUGCACCCUACUGGGACUACUUAGCCAGCUUGACCUCGAGUCUGAAGCAGGCGAGCAAGGCCAACUCCUUUCCGCCGAUCACCGUCCCAUCACAAGCAGAAGUGACACCCACGAAAGAAGCAGAGGUGGUUGAAAAGAUUGAAGAUGUUGCCGCAACAGAGCAGCCUAUCGAGCAGAGCACCGAGACUGUGCUAGAGGAACCUCAACUUCUCCCAGCUUUCGAGCCAGAGAUCAAAGAAAAGAAAGUGGUAUCGUUCGCUAUUCCCGAGGAUGAGGAGGACGAUAUGUCGCCCCUGUCUAGAACAACGACCGCUGAGCAAGGAUCUCCGAGCCAGGAAGCAACGCUUACGAUGACCAACUCCAAUUCAGAGGCUUCUUCCAACGUGGAAGGGGGUGAUAAUGGUGCACAAGAUCCAUCAGCAACACCUGGUACACCAAAGAAGAAGAAGACACAUCGUGGCAAGCGCGGUGGCCGCAAGCUGAACAAGAACCAGCAAAAGGAUGAAGAGGAGCUGGGCCGUAUCGUCGACGCUGCCAAGCAGCUUGAUCCGUCGCCUAGCUUGCAUCCUGAUGAAAUGACUCUGAACGGCGACGACAUGCAGGAUGUUACCAACAUCAAGCGCAUCGGUAAAUUGACUAUCGACCAAGAUCGUCUCCUUGGCAACGGUAGUGGAGGUACUUUCGUCUUCGAAGGAAAGUGGAACGAACGUGAGGUGGCCAUCAAACGAAUGCUGCCUCAGUACUUUGGUCUGGCUGAGCAAGAAGUUAAGCUUCUACAAGAAAGCGACCUUCACCCAAACGUCAUUCGCUAUUUUGACGACGAGAAGGACGAAAAUUUCCUGUACAUUGCCGUCGAGCUCUGUCAGGCCAGUCUCUUCGAUCUUUACAGGGACGGCAGGCCUGGUGAGGAGCUCACUGAGGCCCAGCAGAAGCUCUCCCUGGAGAUCAGUCGCAACAUUCCUCGCGUCUUGUAUCAGCUGGCGUAUGGACUCAACCAUCUCCACAGUCUGAGGAUCAUUCAUCGCGACAUCAAGCCCCAAAACAUUCUUAUCGCCUACCCGUCAAGAAACCAGACGAAUUGUCCACGACUUGUCAUUUCCGACUUUGGGCUGUGUAAAACACUCCCUGACAACGUCAGCACUCUCAUUGGGACAACUGGUAAUGCGGGCACUGUCGGAUGGAAGGCACCAGAGCUCAUCUCCCAGCCUAAGGAGCUCAUGAACAACGGCAGCUCGAAUGGCAUGUCCCGUGACUCUUCAAGCUCGACAGAUCCUGUCGCACAAGGAGUGAAGCGCGCAGUCGAUAUCUUCUCGCUUGGUUGUGUCUUCUUCUACGUCCUGACCGGAGGGUGCCAUCCCUAUGAUGACGACGAAGGUUGGAUGCAGAUUCGCGAGUACAACAUCAAGAAGGAAAAGGCUAAUCUAAAGCAACUGCGUCUCGGCGCCGACUCAGAAGAGCCCUACCACCUCAUCCAGUGGAUGCUCAAGACGCGACCUGAAGACAGACCCACGGCCGUUCAAGUCAUGAACCAUCCCUUCUUCUGGUCUGCUGAGAAGCGCCUCAACUUCCUCUGCGAUUGUUCCGACCACUGGGAACGUGAACCGCGCGACCCACCAUCCGAACACCUCUCCAUCCUGGAAGAGUACAGCUACGAGGUCUUGGAUUCUAAGAGAAACUUCCUGGCCAAGCUUGACACAGCCUUUAUUAAUAGUCUAGGCAAGCAACGCAAGUACACGGGCGACAGAAUGCUGGAUCUUUUGAGGGCGUUGAGAAACAAGAAGAACCACUACGAAGACAUGGAUGAAAUUGUCAAGGCGAAGGUGGGACCGUUGCCAGAUGGCUAUCUGAGUUACUGGACUAUCAAGUUUCCGCAGCUACUUAUGGGGUGCUAUCAGUGUGUCUUGGAGUGUGGACUUGAGGGCGAGCCGAGGUUCAGACCCUACUUCGAGGGCCAGACGAUGUAG